UGUAGACCAUAUUCUCAUGUUUAUAAAGUUUAUUAUAGUGCAUAUCAGUAAUUUCGGGAUUUAUUCUAUUCCUGCAAUAAGGUUUUAAAAUGUCAUUAACUAUUUUGAAACAGGGUGCGGAAGGACGUCUAUAUCUUGGUGAAUAUAGGGGACAAGCGUGUUUAGUCAAAGAAAGGUUUGUUAAAAAAUACCGCCAUCCUGAAUUAGAUGCACAAAUAUCAAAGCACCGCAUCAAAGCCGAAGUAAAAGCCAUUGGAAGAUGUGAAAGCGUUGGUAUAAAGACGCCUAAAAUUUUUCAUGCAGAUGUAAAUGAACGCAAAAUUUAUAUGGAAUAUUUCAGUAAAGCUAUUACUGCAAAAGAAUACAUAAAACACACAGUAUUAAAACACAAUGGAGAAUCUGCGCGUCCAAUUUUGGACGCAUUAUGCGAACGUAUUGGUAGUAUUGUUGGUAAAAUGCACGCAAAUAAUGUUAUACAUGGCGAUUUAACAACAUCAAACAUAUUGAUAAAUCAACAAGAAGAUCAGAGCAUUGGAAAUGAAGAUAUUAUUUUUGUCGAUUUUGGUUUGAGUCAUUAUAAUCAAAGCCUUGAAGAUAAAGGAGUAGAUUUGUAUGUACUCGAAAGAGCCCUAUUAAGUACACAUAGUGAGCAACCAUAUUUAUUCGAUGUGAUCUUAACUGCCUAUCGCAAAGAGUGUGGUAAAGAUGAACAGAAUUUGCUCUCCAAAUUUGAAGAAGUACGUGCUAGAGGACGAAAAAGAACUAUGAUUGGUUAAGAAAGAUGUUUAACAAUUUUAUUGUCUUAAAAAAAAACUGUAAUUAUAUUAAUAAACUUAUAAUUAACAAUUUA